AGUAUUCAACGCGUUGCUGGGUGGUGAAGUUGGUUCGGUUGGCUGGUUGAUUAUUUGGCUAGUUAAUCAACUAUGCGGUACUAUGAAGAUCCAUGUGGCUAUCCUCCUCGCCAUCACCAUGGUCGUCCAAAUAUCGAAAUUGAUGUGGUUCCCGGUUGGGGUGGCGGCUACUAUCCGCCGCCGCCUCCGCCUCGGCCCGCCGAGGUAGUCUACAUGACCCCGGCGGCUACCUAUGUGCCCGGCACACAGGUGAUAAUGCCGCAACCCUACGGCGGCGUCACGGUGGCCACCACCAAUGGAUACUAUCCGCAGCAGCAGCAGCAGGCGUACGAGUAUCAGUACCAGUAUCAGCAGCCCUACAACAAUCCACCGUAUCCGCAGUGGUGAACGAGGUCGGAAUGGAAACGAAGCCAUCACCACUAACAAAAAAAAAAUAUACUAUCGAUGGAGUGAAGGAAGGGAUAGAUAACAAGAAAUCAAAACAAAUAUCACUUUGUCCUAAUCUUAAGUUGAAAUGACAACGCAAAUGGUGCAAUGGUCUUGACAUUACGCACCACAAAGUUAACAAGUUAAUAACCAGAGGAAGGUACAAAAAAACAAAACUGGAAUUUAACUUUAACCGUUUCAAAGAAAAUAUAAUUGUGCUAUAUAACCUUAAAACGAAAUAAAUAAAAUAUCUUGCUCUUC